GAAGAGUUGAAACAAACAUGCCUUGUUUUCUUUCCUUGCUACACGUCCUGGGUACCGGUAGGAUACCGCUGUGGACGAGUCGCGCUGGCGGUGUCAUUGUUCGCGACCCCUUACCUGCCUUUCCUGCUGCUUGUCAGAAUGCGCUGCCAACAUCUCUUCUCUUCUUCUCUGCUGCAUGCGCUGCCAAUACACCCCUCACUUCCUCGCCUACAGGUGAUCUACGAGCGCAUUCACGCGGAGUUGGUUGCGGCGGUUGUACGACAUCGGUUGGAGCCGGGCGGUUGUGCCGUACUGCAGUGCGCUGUACGGGAGGUCAAGGUUUUCGAGUACUUCACUCGAGAGUGCCGCCGCAGGGGUCUGCGCUACCGCCACCGCCGAGUGCAGCCGGAGGAGGUCUUUGCACCGGGGACAGCAGCAGCAGCAGGGGCUGGAGGUAGCGGCGGCGGCAGCAAUUGCUGUCCGUUUGAGGGCAUUCUGGGUCGUUCUGACGAGUACGAGGGCGGUAUCCUGCUGAUGGCGCUUGAUCGGGUGGACAGUCCCUGCCAGCACUGGUAUCGGGAUGACUGGGAGGAGGUGGAGUAGGGGGAGGAGGAAGGGGGAGAUGAGGGGACAGGAGGGGAGAGGGGGGCAGGAGGGGUAAUGAGGGAGAGUGCGGGUCUGUGGGGUUUUGCUAGUACUGGUAGCGUUGUGUGAGUGCGAAGGUGUGAAGCUCGGGACACCCUUGCGAUGCGAAUGCUUAUUAGAGAAAUGAGACGACUUGUUGGAAAUGGACUGAGUCACUGGAGGUGUGAGUCUAGGGUGCGGAUUGGACGGGGCAGUGACACUAGCCAAGCACUGCUGCUGGGAAUGCUUUUGAUAUUCGCUUUCGGUUAGGCAAAUGGCAUGUGCUGCUGUUCAGGCAGGUGCCGGAUCUUGUGUAUGGCUGACAGCAAGCCAUAGCUGCAUCUUGUCUCUUAUGACAACUAGCAGCCAUGUGCCGUGCAAGGGUCGCAACGCUUGGCGCCUGUGUGGGCGCAGGUUUGGGCGUGCGCGCGUGGCGUAGCAAGGGCGUGCGCACAGCGCAGGGCGGUGGCGGCCUUGCACGUUGUAGACGACAAUACGUGAUCUCCACGGAGGUGAUUCUUCGUUUUUCCCCCUGUUAAAUUGCGACAUGUGCAUUGAUGUGCGUGACGAUAAAUAUUGUGUUGCAAGCUAUGCCGUGUGGCCGGGUUGGGAAGGGAGGACGUUCAAAGCCGCGGCUCCUAGCUCGUGGUUGCGAGGAGGAGGUUCAUGUUAGGACGGUGACCCUAAGCACAUUGGGAGGCUUUUCCUUGUCGUAUCCUUUGAGCCUGGGCAGGCUCUUGUCCCACGCUUAAUGCAAAUUUACCCAACAGGUGUAUCUGGUCUACAUGGAAUUCGGUAUUAACAGG